CACAUAAUAACCGAUAACAGAUGGGGGCAAAGAAGAUAUGUACGUGUGUACGUAAGUCUGAUUCAGCUGUGAUUAUCAAAGUGGUACAUGUGUGUUUCAUAAAUUCCGAUUUUUUUUUAAAUUAUUCAAUAACAAAAAUGUUUUUGGUGCGACUUCUGCCGGUACUUCGGAAAACAAGUGUAAAUUUUCCAGUUGAAAGCUAUACAAAAUUGAUAGUUAAACGUAAAACACAUACCUUACCAAAAGCUUUACGAUCUACAAAAUCUAAAUCCACUAGAAAAGAGCCCAUUUACUUCGUAGAUUCAAAACAAGUUCACGUUAUCGGCGGCAAGGGAGGUGAUGGCUGUAUUUCAUUUCUACAACUUUGGUGCAAUGAGAGAGCCGGUCCUGAUGGAGGUGAUGGUGGGAAUGGAGGUCAUGUAAUUUUUCAAGCUACCGGGGAUGUAAGCAAUUUCAAUCAUAUCCUUAGCUUAAUACGAGGCAUGACUGGAGAAAACGGACGUAGUGAUAAUUGCCAUGGAAAGAAUGCGCAACAUACUAUUGUAAAAGUACCUGUAGGGACCAUCGUGCGGAACAAAGAGGGUAAAGUAGUUGGGGAUUUGAAUGAUGCGAACAUAAUGUUUGUUGCUGCUCGUGGCGGUGUGGGUGGAAAAGGAAAUAAAUUUUUUGCAACUGCCGUACAAAAGAGUCCUAAAAUAUGUGAAUACGGUCCUGAGGGUGAAGAUGCUACAUAUAUGUUGGAACUGCGAACUAUGGCUGAUAUUGGAUUUAUUGGUUUUCCCAACGCCGGUAAAAGUACAUUGUUAAAUGCAAUUACGCGUGCUAAGCCAAAAGUGGCUCCUUACGCAUUUACUACCUUACGUCCUUAUAUUGGAAUGGUACAAUAUGAUGACUUUACUCAAUUGGCGGUCGCCGACCUGCCUGGAUUAAUACCGGACUCGCACUUAAAUAAAGGUCUUGGAAUACAAUUUCUCAAACAUGCAGAGAGAUGCAAGGUAUUACUUAUUGUACUGGAUGUUAGUUUGAAUGAACCAUUAAAGCAUUAUGAGCAAUUAUUGCAUGAACUAAGUCAAUUUAGUGCAAACUUAGCGGAAAGGCCUAAAAUAGUGGUUGCAAAUAAAAUGGACUUACCGGAAGCUAAAGAUAAUUUGCAGGAACUACAAAGUAAACUUAAUUUAAAAGUAAUACCCAUUAGUGCGAAAAGCGGCACAAAUCUUUCCGAGCUCCUCUCAGUAAUGCGUGAAUAUUACGAAAUACAUAAAAACGAAUAACGUUGCUGUGGCAAAUUAAAGUUUAUUGUUAUUUUUUCAUUCAGU